AUGGAGUGGUACGCCCAGCCACAGGACGGCGGCGCGCGUCUCGGCGCGUCUCGCUCCAUGCCGCCACGUCAGUAUGUAGCCACAACGACGCCUGCUGAAGCUGUUCCCGAACCUCUAAACCGCUCUCCACGUUCGUCCACCCUUCCGAACCACCCGCCGUACCAUUAUCCGAACCACCCGCCGAACCAGCGGUACCGGCAACUACCCGAACCUGGUAACGACGCUCGGCCCUAUAGCGACCAGCACAUUCCUCUUUCCGCCGACGCCCCCGGUAAGCGCGAGCGCACCAACCGCGCCCUCCGCAAGGGUAUCUCCGCCUCGUCCGCGGAAUUAGACCCGCCGAGUUCCGUGCGUUAUCGAAAUGAUGACUCAAGGCAGUGUGACAAUAUCGGUGGUGAGUACAACGAGCUCACGGAAUAUCUCUUCGGAGAGGGGGCGCUUGGAGCUGGCGCGCGGGGUUCUGGCGGCGAUGAGUACGAGCGCGGAUCUGGCGGCGGGAUUGGCGGCGUUGCAGGUGGCGGUGCUGGUGGCAGCGGUAGAUUCGACGACGCAAUAAGAGACGAUCCGGGACGAGGGGUCUCUAGUGCUCGGCAUGCUAUGGCCAAAUCUCCGUCUGCGCGCCGUGCCGGCGACAAUAACCGACCAGCCGUCAACCGCCGGCAGGGGUGGCGGAGGGGCAGCGACGGGCUGUCAGGUUGGGCGGAGAAUCCCGAGGAUGUGCCCGAGCCUAUGCCCAUGGUUCGGCGCCAUACCACGGGCAUGGGCGGGAUGGCAGUUUCGCACGGGGAGAGGGGGAAGGGCGGGGAGGGUACUGGGGAAGACGCGCAGUGGCGGAGCGGGAAUCAGGGGGAGAGGGCGGAACGGGCGCACGGAAUGCCGCUGCAGCGGCGAUCGAAAACGGGACCCGAUAGUCUCAGAAGUCACACGUUGGCUGCCGCGGGGAAAACGGCGGGAAACGCCGCAGCAGGGGCGCCUUGGGGAGGUACCGCGGGACACGGGGAGAGCUUCGGCGGUUUUGGCGGGGGGUUCAGAAGCGCGGGCGGCGCGCCGAAGUCUUCCUCGGGCGGAUCGGCGCAAAGCGGUGCUAGUGAGGGGCAGAUGGCAGGGGAAGCGCGGUUGGGGGCGGAGCAGCAGAGAGCCGCGGGAGGUAGCGGUAGACUGGCGGGCGCGGGAGGCGGAAGUGGAAACAACGUGGGGAGAGAAGGCGCAGGCGGAGUCCCGGGGAUGGGGGGACCCCGCGGGGUGCGCGCGGGGAGCAUAGGCAUCAUGUCUCCGCGCCUGCUAAGAUUCCUGGUGGACGAAGAGAGCCCCGCAGGCCCGAACCCUAGCGGGGGGUUCGACGACGGGAGGAGGCGUAGCGGAGACGCGCGGAAGGCGAAAGGGCGGGGGAAGGACGCGGGGACGGGGAAAGCGGAGGCCGGCGGAGCAGGGGGGAGAGGAAGCAGGGAGAGGGAGAGAGAGGGAGGGGGGCAGGUUGGGAGAAGGCAUGAGAAUCUCAGGCAUCAGGAGACAGGAGGCGGGGUGACCGCCAGGGCUGCUGCGGCGGCGGCGGCGAUGGGGGGAAGCAGCGGCGAGGGGGGGCGGAGAUCCCCCAGAGCGGACGCCGCCUUGUACUUUCCCAAAUCGCGCAGCGUUGCUGUGCCGAAAUCCCCGCUUUCUGCUGCCCCGCGCGUUGUUCCUCCCCCCCUCACGCCCCAGCCCGCGCUUCCCCCGGUUUCUCCCGCCCGCCAACGCUUCCCCAAGUCCGCCUCCUCCUCCGCGCGCGCCUUAGCGCGUUCCGCCAAUGCUUCCCCCACCGCUGCUGCCCCAGUCUUAUCGCCUCACUCCAGCACCACAACUCGUUUUCCCUCCGCCCCUCCUCUGACGAUUCGGCCAAUUCUGUCUCAGGGGGAGCGGAAAAGAUGGGAGGGGCGAAAGGGAUGGGGGGGGGCGGAAAUGGGGGGGGAAAUGGCUACUGGUGCCAAUCUCUUCCCCGCCUACCCAGCCUCGUCGUCUUUCUCCUUUGACUCUAAACAGGCUUCGUUACAGUCACCCACGUCCUUGCAUUUUGACCCUGCUGGUGGGCAUGGUAGUGAUGGUUGUGAUGGUGGGGAUGGGGGAGUAGCGGCGGGUGGGCUGGAACGCAUGGGCCAUACACAGCCGCAGCAGCCGCAGCAACCGCAGCAGCCGCAGCCGCAAAGAAUUUCGCCCUCCGUCUCCCCGCCCUUCCUCUCCGCCCCUACCCAGACCGUCCGCAGCAACAGCGGAAAGUUUCGCCGCCCCGCUGCCCUGGAUCUCGGGCAGCUCUCGCCAACCAAUCAGCAGGAGCCAGAGGACUUGGUAGAAGAAGACGGGCAGGAAGUUAUGGUGCGAUUGGGAGAUGAGGAAGAGGAGGAGGAGGAGGAGGAGGAGGAGGAGGAGGAGGAGGAGGAGGAGGAGGAGGAGGAGGAGGAGGAGGAGGAAGAAGGGGAGGUGCUUGCACGUGAGAAGUAUUUGCUGCAGGGGAGGGAACAGGUGGGAAAGGUAGAAGGGGCAGGUGGGCAGGGGUGGGAGGAAGAGGUUUAUUGCUUAGACGAGCCAGAUGAUGGGAUGGAAUACCAGAAACAGCAGUACCAGCAGCAGCAGCAGCAGCAGGCACCUCCCCGCACCAAACCUAAGCCCCGAGCCUUGGCGUUUAUUCAGAAGCUUAAGGGCCUGGCUUCGCCGCGUUUCAGGGAGGAUAAGGCGAAGGCGAGGGGGUGGCAGGGGGGUGAUGGGGAGGCGGAAGGGAAGCAGGAGGAGGAGAAGAGGAGGGCAGGGGGGAAGGGUGACGGAAAGGCCGGGAAGGGAGUGGGGAGGAAUGCAGUGACUCCCCGAGCUGGGGGAGGGGGAGGGGGAGUGGGAGUGGGCGGGUGGGGGCUCAGUAUCACAGGGGAGAGAACGCGGAGAGAGGCAGAUGCAGUGGUGGCGGCAACAGGGAAGGGCGGAGGCAAGGAGAAGGAGAAGGAGAGGGAAGGGGAUCGGGAGAAGGGGCGGAGGAUGGUAGAGGCGCUCUUAGAUAUGCCCACGCGGAGGGUGGAGUCACCACCACGAGGGAAGCCAAGGAAAGAGGUAGUGCGGCCAGGGACAGGAGGCAAAGAGGGGGCAGGAGGGGCAGGCGGAGGAGGAGCAGGGGGGGGAGCAGCAGCAGGGGGGGGGGACUCUUUGCGCAAGAGCACAGAGAGUCUGGUGAAAGAAUCAAAGGGGUUGUCGCUGUGGGAAAAGCGCAAAGUCGGAGGGGGAGCAGGAGGGAAGGGGAGCGAGGGAGACGAGCACGGUUCUGGGAAGCUAAGCUCCGGGCAGACCGAGAAGAAAAGCUCUUCGCGAACCACCAGCCCGAAAACUCUGAGCCCCAGGACUCCCCGCGGCGACGGGCAGCAGCAGCAGCCGGGCUCGGGCAGCACGGAAGGAAUUUUCGAGCGCGGGUUCACAGACAUCCGGAAGAAAUUCGAGGUCGGGCAGCAGAUCGGGCAGGGGCGGCGGGGAGUGGUGGUGUAUAUGUGUGUGGAGAGGCGGACGGGGCGGGCGUAUGCGUGCAAGGCGAUUGACAAGGCGACUCUGGUGGAGGCGAGGAAGGUGGCGGCUGUGCGGGCUGAGGUGGACGUUAUGAGGAAGCUUCUGGGAUGGCCGCACGUGGUGGGGAUUAAAGACGCUCUAGAGGAUGAAAAGUGUGUCUAUAUUUUCAUGGAGCUCUGCUCGGGGGGGGACCUGCUGGACCACAUCAACUCCUCGCCCUUCAUCUCGGAGCGGGAGGCUGCCAUCAUUCUGCGCGUGCUCGCGGAGACGCUGCGGUCGUGCCACAACCACGGCAUCAUGCACCGCGACUUAAAGCCCGAAAACAUCCUGCUCGCACAGCCCGGGUGCUGGUGGGACCUGCGAUUGGCCGACUUUGGGUUCUCCGUUCAUCUUAGAGCUGGCGAGCGCAUGACCGGCUAUGCCGGGUCUCCUUUCUACAUGGCGCCGGAGGUGCUGGACAGCAUCUACGGGCACGAGGCAGACGUGUGGAGCCUGGGGGUCAUUCUCUACACCAUGCUCUCCCAGAAGCUGCCUUUCUGGGACGACACGGACGCGGGUGUGUAUCGGCAGAUCAAGCGCGCCCAGGUGGACAUGGAGAGCGGCGUGUGGCCCGCGAUCUCGGACGAGGGGAAAGACCUCGUGUUGGGGAUGCUGUCCGCGGACCCUCACCAACGAAUCACCCUCGACAGAUUGCUUGGUGCGUGCCGUGUGAGGUUGUUGUAA